AAAGAAGAGGCAGAAGAAACCCUCAAAAUUCAUGCACAUGGAAUAAGGUAAUUCUCUAAUGGACCAAUGAAAGCCAACGAUGACAAAUUGUGGUCAACAGUCCUUGAAUGUCCUGAUGGUUCUACUUUCAUUACUCUUGUCAGCAGUGUUGUCCGCACAUUUUCGGGUCUGCGAGCCAUAUACGGACUACAAAGGUCGCUAUCACUUUGGUUUUCACUGCCCCCGUCUUUCUGACAAUAAAUCUUACAUCUUUUGCUGUCACCAUAACAACACAGUAUUUAAAUACUGCUGCAAUGAGACAGAAUUUCAGACUGUUAUGCAGAUGAACUUAACAGGGAACGCAGAUGGAUAUAUGCAUAACAACUACAGUGCACUGUUAGGAGUGUGGAUCUAUGGCUUUUUUGUGGUGAUCUUGCUGGUACUGGACCUUUUAUAUUACUCUUCAAUGAACUAUGAUAUUUGCAAAUUUUACUUGGCACGGUGGGGAAUCCAGGGAAAGUGGAUGACACAAGGACAGAGCCGAUGGAUUAACCCUGCUCAGGAUCCAAGCCAAGUACAGACACAGCCUCAGCCAGAGACACAGCCUCAAACUCAGCCACAGCCUCAAACAUCACAGACAGUACAUACUUUAAAAGGAGAUGCUUUAAGCCCACCCCUGAUGUCUUUUCAGAGUACAUCUGCCUGAAAAUUAUAUUGAUGUGCCUCAAGAUGGGAGAGGUAAGAUCAGACUUCAAGGAGCAGCUUUCAAGAAAAUCAACUAAAUGACAAGAGCUGAAAAAAUGAUGGAUAAGCAGGAGAGAGAAAGACUACAAGAGAGAGAUUGAGCAAGUCACCUGAAGAGAAACGCCAUUCAGACAACUUCUAUAGGCAAACAAAAUAUAGAAAGAGUCUCCAGAAGAAAGUAGCCUGUAAGCAAUAUUUUAAUGCUAGACCAACAAUAUUAUCUCUGAAAGGAAGCAUCAUAUUUGAGGAAAUGCUCAAUAGGAAGAAAAUUAAGUUGCUCUGGCAAAUCCACACAAAGGUGGAAAAAGAUCACAAGACAAACCUUUGGUAGAUAACUUUUCUUUGCCUCCCCAUCCAUCUAUUGCCAUUUGAGCCUAAUCUAAGUGUCAGAAUACUGAAUGUGAGUUUUUCCAAAGUUCUCUGGUGAAUAUUUUGUCACAAUAGGGUAGAUGCUGGCAAUCCCCAUCACUGUUAACCAUAUUGUCAUAUGCAUUACAAGGUAAGUGAAGCCCUUUCAUCGAGUCAAACUGCAGGGUAGCAAUCGUUUCAACCUUAAUACAUAUUUUAAGAUCAUUGGCAAUGAUUCGGCUAAGACAUCAAACAUCUGAGCACAUCAUCUUGACUUCAGCUUCACACACCCUCCUGAAGAGGGAAGCUUUCUUAAGAAGCAACACAGACACCCCAUUCCACCCCCAUACUGCUUGAAGCUGAAA